GUAAUGCCUUCGACAGUGGAGGACAACACCCAAACUAGUGGGCGUGGUACAACACAGGUGAGGGAAGAAGGUAAUCUCAAACAGGAAGCCGCGACAGGUGAAUGAUCUUCUGGCCAUAACAGAAAACAAGACCGUACAAAGAACAGUAUCUGAAGAUGCCAGAGAGGGGAAGACGCGAUCAGAGUGAUGACUACAAAAGCGGGGAUAAGCGCUAUACACACAAUCGAGACUACUCUGAGUAUGACGCCGAGGAGAGGGGCACUGCAGGUGACAGGAGGGCCGGGGAAAACAGACAGAGGGAUAUGACAACUGCCUCUCACAGACAUGAAGGAACCUCAAGACGGCCCAGAGAGACUUCAGGGGAUCUCUCUGAGAUGGAGUAUUACGAACCACAACCGAAGCCAGCGCUUUACAAUUUCAGAUACAUAUUAACCAGCAGAGGUAUCUGCCAGAUUGCAGAAGUGUUUGUGAACCUGCUUAUCAUAAUCUGUGCCGGGGUGCCUUACAGCAACGAUGGGGGUUACCGUGACCUGGCCAGCCUCGGUGGAUUAUACUCUUAUUACUACGGUGGUGCCAGUGCCUUCACUGGAGCCGAUGCAAAGAGAGUGCAGGAGCUAGACCGGCUCUUCCAUGAGCUUAAGCGGCCUCCAUACGUCUACGCCAUGGCGGCUGGUGGAAUUGUAAUGAUCUACGCUUUUGCCAUGCUGGGCCUGGGGAUUUUCAGAGUCCCUUUCCGCUGUCCUCCUGUGCUGCUGGUUGAGGCUGCGCUGAGUUUCCUGAUCGGUCUGGGGUACAUCCCAGGAAUUGCCAUCUAUUUUGUCAAGCUGAAGGAAAUCUACGACAACCCCAUCUGUAAGGAGAGAGAGCAGAUGUACAGGAGCAAAGGGCACCAAGGGUUUGAUUGCAAGUACAAUGGUGCAGACAUUGCAGAGGGACUGUUUGGGGUCUUGGGGGUGGCUGUUUUCAUCUUUGGUGCAGUGUUAGCUAUCAGAGCUUUCAGGUCAGUGCGAGAGCUGAAAAAGCAAAGAACAAACGAGGAUGAUAAUUUUUAAGCUGCCUUUCCUUUUUUAUUCACAAAUGAACAAAAGUAGGAGUGAGAAAAAAAUCACUUUGACAGGAUUUUUUUUCUUGUCACUCUCAUUAGGUGUUACUUGUAUAAAAGCUGUUUAUACAUUUUUAUGCCUUGAUAGUGUUUUAUACAUACCUAAUCUUUUUUAUUCCUUAUACCUGUUUACCACAUCUUUCAUGUUUUCUAUGAAGUUGUAGUUAUAAUAAACUACCAAAAUAGUAUAAUAUUACAUGGUCAUCUGUCGUUGCAUUUAUCUGUGAAAGAGAUGGCUGAAACUGACUUCCUGAAAGCAAAAAAAAAAAAAUGUCUUUGACAUUUUAAAAGGAAAUGGAGUUGAGUGUCACAUGGUUUCUUUUUAUAGUUUUAUAGUUUUGCUGAUGGCUUUGAAGGGUUUUUUUUCCCCUUUUCUUUUUACUUAAUGUAUUGAUUUAAAAAAACACACACACACAAAUAAGUCUGAGAAAGACACACUCUGUUUGUCUUAUAGCACUCACAAGAGAUAUACUUAUUUUUAAUUAAAAUUUAUUCUCAGAA